AUGUCAGCCAAUGGGAGCUCAGAAGCAGGUUGCAGGUCAGAGGUCAGACCGAGCAACAACAGCUGCAACGGCAGCCAGAAGGAGCCGUCCAUCACCGCCUCCGCCGUCUCCAUGACCGUGGGCAUCUUCUCCAACAGCCUGGCGCUCUUCAUCCUCGUCAAAUCCUACAACCGCAUCCGCAUCAAGUCCAAGGCGUCCUUCCUGCUGUUCGCCAGCAGCCUGGUGGUCACCGACCUGCUGGGUCACCUCAUCAACGGCUCCCUGGUGAUCUUCGUCUACAGCUUCCACAAGAAGUGGGAGACGUUUGACCCCCACCGCAUCGUGUGCGGCGUCUUCGGGGCGUGCAUGGUGUUCUUCGGCCUGAGCCCCUUGUUCCUGGGAAGCGCCAUGGCGGUGGAGCGCUGCAUCGGAGUCACCAGGCCCAUCUUCCACUCCACGGCGUUGGCGUCCUACCACAUGAAGCGGCUGCUGGGACUCACCUGGCUGCUCGCCGCCCUGGUGGCCGUGCUGCCCGUGCUGCUGUGGAGGCCCUACGAGGUUCAGAGCUCCAGGAGCUGGUGCUUCUUCCAUAUGGAGGGACCGAAAGACUGGCUGGAUGUGCUCCUCCCACUGCUCUUCUCGAUGCUGGGGCUGAUGGCCCUCCUGCUCUCCAUCGUGUGCAAUGCGAUGACAAGCUGCGCUCUCCUGCGCUCCAGACUGCGGCGCAAGCAUCACUGUAGAGGCACGUCCUACCACAUAGAGAUGAUCUGUCAGCUGCUGGGUAUCAUGUUGGUGUCCUGCGUGUGCUGGGGUCCCUUACUGAUCCGUGUCAUCGUGCUGAGCACCAGAGCCAAAGAGGAGCCGGCGACCUUCAAUCUCCUGAUGGUGGUGCGUAUGGCCACGUGGAACCAGAUCCUGGACCCCUGGGUCUACAUCCUGCUGAGGAAGGCGGUUCUGAGGAAAAUGUUCACGUUGCUCCACGGCUGCUGCGGCCCAAAGUCUUACUUCCUGCAGCGCUGGCAGCGCAGCGUGCUCCGCAGCUCCUUGGAGACCAGCAACUCGGGCUUUGGUCCGACUGACUGCCGGCUCCUCGGUAAAUUACCGGACACUGCGAUCAAGGCCAUCGCCUGA